GCUUCAGCCGCUGCCGCUGCCGCCGCCGCCGCCACCACCACCGCAGAGGCUCGGACUCCGCGCGCGGCCCCGGCUGCCUGCAUCUCUCCGCCGGCCGCGCAUCCAUCUCCGGCCUCCGCUCGCGGCUCCCGCUGCUGCGCCGCCCAGCCGGGAUGAGUGCGGGUCCCGGCGCGGGGCUCUGAGCCUCCCUGCAUCCCCCCCGCCCCGGAUCUCUGGCUCCAGCCUCUUCCCCUCCCCCUCUUCUCCAUCCCCUCCCCCAGCCGGGGGGGCCAUGCCCCAGGCGCUGAGCUGGGGGGCGGCCCCGGGGGCCCGGGCAGCGAGGAGGCCGGAGGUCCAGGUACAGGUCUGUGUCCCUGUCCCCGAGGGCCCCCCCAGCGCGGCGCUUCAUGGAGCGGCCCGGCCCUGGGUGCCGGGGGCGGGAGGAGGAGGAUCCAGCUGGGCCCUGUGAGCCCCCAGCGCUGGCGGCAAAAUGUUGAUAGUUGAGAAGACAACUGACUACCCAUCGGCCGAGUAUUCCCUGGUGGAGGAUGUGGCCCUGCAUUUCACCUGUUUGAUGGACAGGCUGAACCAGCAGCGUCUCUUCCAGCCAGACCUGUGUGACGUGGACCUGGUGCUGGUACAGCAACAUAGCGUCUUCCCAGCCCACAAGGGGGUCCUGGCUGCCUACAGCCAAUUCUUCCACUCUCUCUUCACUCAGAACAAGCAGCUACAAAGGGUUGAGCUGUCCUUGGAGGCCCUGGCCCCUCGAGGCCUUCAGCAAAUCCUCAACUUUAUCUAUACCUCCAAACUCCUGGUCAACGCGGCCAACGUUCAGGACGUGCUAAACGCUGCCUCCGUGCUCCAGAUGGCAGACAUCGCUGCCUCCUGCCAGGACUUGCUGGAUGCCUGCUCCCUGGGUCCGCCGGGCCCUGUGGCCAUGGCCCUGGGGCCUGGGAGCAGCGGCAGCGGUUGCCCUCCUGGCCCUGCCUCGUACUAUUGCGAGAUCAAGCAGGAGGCCGAUGCUCCCACGCAGCCCAAGAUCUACGCCCGAGAAGGGACGGAUCCGUUUUCAGUGAGAGUGGAGGAUGGUGCAGGGCUGGGGGGCAGCACCAGCAUAGGGCUGAGCCCAGUGUCGACAAAGCCGUUCUACAAAGAGGAGAAGGAGGAGGCUGGGGGGACCGAGGGGACAGCGCCCAGGGCUCUGUGUAAGCUGGAAGGGGCCGAGGACUCCGAGGAGGACCUGGAAGGCCAAGGGGCCUAUAGCGGGGAGCAGCAGCAGAUCAUCGUCGAGGUCAACCUGAAUAACCAGACGCUCCAUGUGUCCAAAGGGCCCGAGGGGAAGCCGCCGGCUGCCGACACCGGGGAGGCCACCAUGGUGCUGGGCCCAGAGGAGAGAGCCAGGGGGGAGGAGGAAGAGGAGGAGGACGAGGAGGAGGAGGGGGGUGCUGGUGGCAGUGGAGGAGAGGAAGAGGAGGAGGAGGAGGAAGAGGAGGAGGAGGAGGAGGAGGAGGAAGAAGAAGAGGAGGAGGGUGAUGGUGGGGAGGAGGAGGAGGAAGAGGAGGAGGAGCAUAGUGAGGAAGAGGAGGCAGAGACAACAGAAGAGGAGGAGGAGGAGGCAGGCCGGGUGAGGAAGGAGAAGCCGAGGCCUGCUUGUCAGGGAUCUCGGACGGGCCAGGCUGCCAGGAGCAGCGUGGCCACGAGGUCGAGGGAGAGCGCCAAGCAGGGGGUGUCGGGGGAGGAGGAGGAAGAGGGAGUUGAAGAGGGGGCCCGUCGAGGCCGGAAGCGAAGGAAGGACGCCCAGCUGCCCGCCCCGGCCCCGGAUGGUCUGGGCCCCAAGGUGAAGCUGGAGGAGAAACAGCAUCACCCCUGCCAGAAAUGCCCUCGGGUCUUCAACAACCGCUGGUACCUGGAGAAGCACAUGAACGUGACCCACAGCCGCAUGCAGAUCUGUGACAAGUGUGGCAAGCGCUUCCUUCUGGAGAGCGAGCUCCUGCUGCACCACCAGACGGACUGCGAGAGGAACAUCCAGUGUGUCACGUGCGGCAAAGCCUUUAAGAAGCUUUGGUCCCUCCACGAGCACAACAAGAUUGUCCAUGGCUACGCAGAGAAGAAGUUUUCCUGCGAGAUCUGUGAGAAGAAGUUCUAUACCAUGGCACACGUGCGGAAGCACAUGGUUGCUCACACCAAGGACAUGCCCUUCACCUGUGAGACCUGUGGCAAGUCUUUCAAGAGGAGCAUGUCACUCAAAGUCCAUUCCCUGCAGCACUCUGGGGAGAAGCCUUUUAAAUGUGAGAACUGCAAUGAGCGCUUCCAGUACAAGUACCAGCUUCGCUCCCACAUGAGCAUUCACAUUGGUCACAAGCAGUUCAUGUGCCAGUGGUGCGGCAAGGACUUCAACAUGAAGCAGUACUUCGAUGAACACAUGAAAACACACACAGGCGAGAAGCCGUAUAUCUGUGAGAUCUGUGGCAAGAGCUUCACGAGCCGGCCCAACAUGAAGAGGCACCGGCGGACACACACAGGCGAGAAGCCCUACCCCUGCGACGUGUGUGGCCAGCGCUUCCGCUUCUCCAACAUGCUAAAAGCCCACAAGGAGAAGUGCUUCCGCGUCAGUCACCCAAUGACCUCGGACACUCCUGAUGGUGGUGACCACCCCCCGGGUCUGACCCUGGCCCUGACUCCAGUGCCCCCAGGAGCCGCCCCUUCCACCCCUACCCAGCCUGGCCUUCCUCCCCCGCAGCCCCCACCGCCGCCACCGCCCCCCUCACACUCCCUCCCUCUGCUCCCCCCGCUCUCCCAGACCCUGCCACCCCCCACCUCACUUACCUCCCCCACCCCCUCUGUUCUCUACGGGGAAGGUCAAUGCCAGCCACAACUAGGACCCCUCUCUCUUCUCACCCUGGCCCUGCUGCUCUACCCCAGAGCCCUCUCAUUGCCUCUCGUCUAUGCCAAGUUUGUCCCAGCUGCACCUCUGAAAGGACGCCAUGGAUUGACUCUGGAAAAUGGAGCCCAUGUGUGUGUUCCUCUCUUUUCUCCCCUCUCUUCUUCCUCAGUAGAGUGGAAGGAGGGAUUGAUGUGAUUUCCAAGGAUUCUCACUCUGCCACUAACCCAUGUGACUUUGGGCAGGCUGCUGGUCUUCUCUGAACCUCAGUUUCCUCAUCUGUACUAGGAGGAAGUUGGACUAGAUGUUAGAUAAGAUCCCUUCCGGUUCUGAAGUCCUGUGCUCUCCCCUGCCCCUCCCACCUCCUUCCUGUUCCAUGGCCACUCAGUUCCAUUUUGCAUAUGGUCUCAUCAUGGUUGUGUUGGGGAUGAAUGGGGUAUAGGCUGAGGCCCUAAAUGGGGGCCAGGAGGUGGUGCCACUAAGUUUUGGGGGGGUUCCCCAUUGCUUUGGUGAGAGGGAAAGGAACAGGGCUUGGGAGGGUAGAAUGGUAUAGUGGAAAGAGGCCUGGAUUAAGAGUCAAGGAGCUAGAUUCAUAUCUAGACUAUGAGUCUUACUUGCCUUGGGCGAAUCACUCCUUCUCUGGGUCUCAGUUUAGUCAUUUGUAAAAUGAGAGAGUAGAGUUGUAAGGGGUUAGGCAGAGACCGUUAGUGUGUGGUGGUGGUCAGCUGAUGCCAGUUUUCUAAGCUAGGCUCUGAGGACCCUGGGGGAAGCAGGUUAGGAUUUAGGCAAGAUCGGGGUGGGUCAUUUGCCACCCCAAGAUGAGCGGCCCAAGUGGAAGGCCGUGGGCACUCUGAGAGUCCCCAUGUGUCCCUGUGGGUGAGGGGGCCAAUGCAGAGAGAUGAGGCUGGUGAGAGUGGAGAUCACUGUCCUAGUGUGUUGUGUGCACAUGUGUGUCUCAGAGGUAGGGUAUAUGUGUCUGUGUCUCUUGUGUGUCUGAGAGUGUGUGCCUGAGAGGGUCUGUGUGUCUGUGCCUGCCCCAGGAUGCAUUUAGUGUCAGUGUGAGGGUCCGAGGAGAGUGUGUAUGGGUGAGGUACAGUCUGUGUGCAGGGUUGUGUGUGUAUGCGUAUGUACACGUGCAAGUCCAUACAUCUGUGGGUUUGCCUGUCUUCUGUACCACUAUCUUUGAGUGUGUAUCUAAGAAGGAAAAUGUGUGAAUGGGGGACCACCUGUAUGUGUUUUGGUGUCUCUAUAUGUAUUGGGGGGGUAAAGACCUCAGGACAAGCACUAGAUUCACUUUGAUUGGGGGUGGGCUAAGCCCCAUCAAUUUUGCCAAAAUGCCGUUUCUCCCUUUUCUUCCCCACCCUGUCUCCUCCUGCCUUCUGGGCACACAGGUAUGGUCAGGGAGGGAGCCCAGGUUACAGGAGACCAAGCCCAUGGGGAUUUCAGGGCCAGGUAGGGAAACUGAGUAAUAGCUGUUUGGUCAUACUUUGGGAAAGGAAGUUGGGAAUGGUACCCUUCCCUUCACUCCCAGGGGAUCAGCCUCAGAACAGCCAUUGGCAGAAGGCAGUGGCUUAAUUAUGUCUUCCGGCUGCUGCCUUCUUCAUAGAAGCUCUCUGAGUGGUUUUUAGGCCCCCUCCUUUGGUGGCUGAUAAGACGGGACUUGGGACCUGUGUUCCUUUUUUCAUAGGGGAGAGUAGGCAUGGGGCAGUGGGAGCCAAACUCCUCUAGCCACAGAGUUCCGUGCUAGCCCAUGGGCCAGGGAGGGGGAUGCUUUUGGCCAGGAGGGGUUAGGAAGAUGGGGUGGCAUCCCUCAGGACUUUCCGAGGCUUGGGGCAUCAAAACCAUUCAGGCUCUUGCCUGAUCAAGGAGUAGGGGGAAGGGCAGGUGAGGAAAGGUCCUUUCACAAACUGAGGAAUCACAACUUGCUGGGGAGGAAUUGGUUCUCAAAGUGCCUUACAGUUUAGAAGGAGGAGGAGAAGGAGGAGGAUGGCACCCUGGGGCAGGGAUGCCAAGUCCUCUGUCCUCUGGGGGGAUCCUGAGGUCAGUCAACCAAAGAAGCCCCCUGAGGGGUCACUGGUCAUUCUCCCCAAAGGUUGGAUGCUGCCAGGGCCCAUGGCAAGAGGGAGGGGUUCGGCUGUGGUUCAAGGGAGGGCUUAGCUGCUUCUUGUUUUGGCCUCAUGGGCAGCAUCCCAGAAACCUGAGCCAAAGCUCUUCUUUCUCUUCCCUCUGUGUGCUCCCUCACCACCACCACCACCCCUGCAUUGGAAGAAAUGACUUGGACGAAGGAUUGGUCAGUGAAAAGUCAGAAUUCCUUCAGAAGUAAGAGCAGGGAAAUACCGGGCCCUUUAUUUCUGGGUCUCUAGGUGCUACAAAUACAUUUUUUGGGGAAGGAAUAGCCAAGAGGCUGGCAUGUUGGGGGUCUGCCCCCCAUGGAUGGCUAAGGUGUUCACAGGGCACCCCCCACCCCACCCCACUCAGUAGGAUUUCUCCAGUCCCCUCCAGCUGGCUCUCAGGACUGGUGCCCUAGAGCGAGCUUAGGUGCCUCAUGGUCUUUCUGUCGGUGGGCUGCGGGGCAGGACAGUGAAAGCUGCUUGGUCUUGGCUAGGGGGGCUGUUGUGGGUGCUGGCAGGGAUCAUCGACUUCUCCUAGCCUGCUGCUCUCCCACUCCCUGCCCCAUCUGAAAAGGAAAUACAGGGUGUGUGUGUUGGAGGGACAACAUUUGGGUGAAUGUAUUCAUUAGGGUAUGUGUGUGAGCAUGUGUGUAUGCAUAUAUGUAUGGAAAAAACUUGCAUAUGACAAAGGAGCAACCUGAAUCUGGUUCCCCACCCCCCUAUCCUCUCCUCUCCCUCCCUGUCCUCAUGGGCAGGUGGAGGCUUUGCAUCCUGUGGGCUGCCUCAACUUCCCCAUCCUUUCCCUCCCUUCCGGGCUGCUGCAGCGGGGCUCGGGCUGGCCCAGGGCCUUCUGUGCAAAUUGGGACUGCAGUGUGAUCCCAGGCAGCCUGCCUCAGCCUGGUCAGAGGUGUGACCUUAGCCAGUACAGAUGAGGUAGGAGGCCCAGCAGUGGGUUGUUGCAGUUAAAGUUGCUCCUAAUCCUGUUCCUAAACUGAGGCAGUUGCAUAAGCUAAUUCUUCCUGAUUAAGGUCCUUUAUUUUUCAUUUUGUAACUUUUUUUUGGGUAAUUUUUAAGAUUCUUUGCACCUUAAUCCCUUCCCUUUGCUCUCCUCCCCCACUGAGGCCAGGCCCUGGGAGACAGGACCUCCUGGUUCCCAUGGCUAUGUCAAAAAUGGAGCAGGAAGAUUGAGGACUCGGAAGAAAAUGGACCCUCUUCUCCCCACCUCCUGCUGGAGCCCCCUUGGGAAUUGGGGCCAGCCUUGUGGAGGGCAGGGCCUGAAAAUAGGAACUGAAGUGGCGCUGGGGGCUUGAGCAGCAAUAUUGCCCAAGCCCAAAUAGGCAAUGCCCACCUGGGUAAACUUGCCCCACGCUGGGCCCUAAUGACAAAGGUGACCCCUCCACCUCUGGGGAUAUGAGGACCUAUGUACUAUGUGACUUGAGUGGUCAGAGGGGUUGAUCUACAUCAAGGAAAAACAAAAGCCAAAGUCAACAUCAGUAGGAUGGACUGUGGCUGGCACCCAGGGAGGUGGGAGGUGGGGGGAAGGAAUGGGACUAUAGAGGAGCUAGACACAGAGCACUUAGUAAGGCCAGAUUUGAGCUGUUGCAGCUGGUGGCCAUGGGCCCAUUCAACUCCAUGCCAUGGGGAGGGCUGGUCAUGGGACCCUUAAGUGUGAUAAACAAUAUUAUUAAUAAUAAUUAAUAAACAAAGCACUUUAUUCUGUAUAGAUGUGGGGAAACCUGGGGGGGAGUUGGAAUGUUUUAAGGAGACUCACCCUGGGAAAUGUGGUAGCCAGUUUUCUGUUGAUUGAUGGGGGGAAUGUCUUUUUUUUUUUUUAAGAAAAACUGUGUAAUCAAUAUAUGAUAACUCCCUCUUC